AUGGCAAAAGAAACGGAAAUCAGAUUAAAGAAAAUUUCACAAAAUAGGGAGGCAAAUUUAAAAAAGGAUCGUAAAUUGAAAAAUGGGAAUAUAAACAGAGAGCUUGCAAAGCAAAAUAGAUUGACAAUAGCUGAAAGAAAACAGGAUGAAUACAGGGCAAAGAUAGUUGCAAAGGGAAAUCUCGAGGAUAUCCAGAAGGAAGAAAGAAAAGCUCUUCAGGAAGUACAAAAGGAGCCGAAAAUGCGUAAACAAAUGAACGAAUCUACAUCUGAAUUAAAAAGAAAAGAAGUUCAAAAUUGUUGUGAAAAACACAUUAUUGACUCAAGAAGGGUCAAAUAGGAAGCAGAGCCCAAUUGAUGUAACAGCAGCUUUAUAAAUUAGUGCGAUUG